AAGUGCAACUGAGCAUGCCGUUUGACGUUUCAUGUUGCAUGUUGAAUUGCGUGGUCAAACGUCAAAGACUGGGAAGAGAGAUACGUGUGGUCCGUAGUUUGUGAAGUACCCAGUGUUUUUAUUAGUUGUUAUGAUCCCAUUUAGAUGUUUAUUUGAAUCGGUGUUUGAUUUGUAAAUCUUAUUAAAAGCAGUCCAAGCAGGUAAAUAUUCCAUUAAAUAUUUUAUAACCUGACAUAGCUAUAUAAUCAAAUUUUCAUACGAAAACGCCUUUUGAAUAGUGUUGAAAGAUGGAAAAACAAAAUGUUAAAAGAAAAAAAAAUGCUCCAUAAAAUAUACAAGAGAACAAGAAAGGAGUUAAAAUCAUUACAAGGCAGUGCAGGAUCAUCCACCUGUUUGGAGACUACCGACACCAAUGAUUCAUCAUUUUCCAAUAUAAGACCUCCUGAAUAUUCCAGUUCAGUUUCCUCCACUUCGAGUAGUGAUGACAUCACUGAUGCCCAACCUAGUGAUGAUGUCUUGUCUGUCAGAAUUGAUGAGGCAAAUACCCAAGGCAUUAUAAUUACCCCUUCUAUAGAAGAGUUUUAUAAAUUUGGGAACUACACUCAACAUUCUAAACAAGAGCCAUUGGGCAUUGUUGCAUAGUAUACUACAAGUAGCGGUCACUAACCUUCUUCAUAUUUUAAAGCCAUCUCAUCCUGAACUUCCUCUGGAUGCUCGAACUUUUAUUGAAUACUCCUACAAUCAUACCAUUGAAAAAAGUAGAACCAGGGCAAUAUUGCCAUCUUGGUUUCAAAAAAUGUAUUGAAAAAUUAAUUAUAUAUUCACAAUUAGCUAACCAAAAUUGUAAUGUAAUAGAAUUAAGUAUAAAUAUUGAUGGUUUACCUCUAUCGAAGAGUUCCGGUAGCCAGUUAUACCCAAUUUAAUGCAAUAUAUUUGGGACUAAAACUGUAGCAGUGAUAGGUGUUUAUCAUGGAAAUGAAAAACCAGCAGAUGCAAAUGAAUUUCUGUAUGAAUUUGUUACUGAAGCAAUAGAUGUCCUCAAUAAUGGAAUUACAUAUAAUGGUCAUGAAUUUGUUGUAAAAAUAAAGGCAUUUAUAUGUGACGUUCCAGCAAAAUCUUUCAUUAAGUUUACUAAAGGACAUAGCGGUUAUAGUUCUUGUUCAAAGUGUACUGCUGUAGGAGUUUUUAUCCAUAAUAGAGUAUGUUUUCCUAGGGUUCAUAAUUUUUGCCUGCGCACUGACUUCGAUUUCAGAUCGAAAGUACACAAAGAACAUCAUACUGGUACUUUAGUUUUAAAGUUAUUACCAAGAAUAGAUAUGAUACGAAAUUUUCCUUUAGAUUAUAUGCACUUAAUUUGCCUUGGAGUAGUAAAAAAGUUGAUAGUAUCUCUGUGGCUUGGUGGUAAACCAGGAAUAAAAUUAUCGCAUCAUCAGGUUAAAACAUCAUCCAAAUCACUUGUGAAUCAUUCUUCCCAGAUCCCUUCAGAAUUCAGCCGAAAACCACGCUCUUUAGAUGAUGCAAAGCGUUGGAAGGCUACAGAAUUUAGAUUAUUUUUAUUUUACCUAGGUCCAGUUGUUUUACAGCCAGUGUUAGAUCAAGAUAAAUAUGUACAUUUUAUAACAUUACAUGUUGCUCUUUCAUUUUUAUCAAAUUCAAAAUUUGCAAAUCAUUAUGAAUAUGCUGAAUCACUUUUAAAAUACUUUGUUGAAACAUUCAUGACUUUGUACGGAUCAGAAAAUGUAUCUCAUAAUAUUCAUAACUUACUACACUUGUGCGAUGAUGUAAAGUACUUAGGGCCAAUAGAUCAGUUCAGUGCCUUUCCAUUUGAGAAUCACAUGCAGAAGCUGAAAAAAUUAGUAAGGAAAGGUGAAAAGCCACUUGAACAAAUUUCAAGGCGAAUAUAUGAACAGGAAAGAAAUUUUAACAAUCCUCAGAAUUGUUCUCAGACUCAGUAUCCUCAACCAUCAAUUGAACAUUCUGAAGGGCCUCUUUUUUCAAACGUCAUUAAUUCUAAACAAUAUAAAAAGGUUGAAUUUUCUAAUUACGUUCUUAGAACUUCUGAAGCUGAUAACUGUUGUUAUCUGCAAAAUAAUUCUGUAAUAAUUAUAAAAAAAUUUAUAGCUCAUGAGGGUGAAAUGAAAAUUAUUGAAAGAAAGUUCAUUAAUUUGGAAAAUUUGUAUACUUCUCCUUGUGAAUCGUCACAGUUGGGAAUAUUCAUUUCGAGUACUCCUGGCCCUCUACAAUUAUGGCCCUUAAGCCAAGUUGCAUAUAAAUGCAUGAAACUAAAACUGAAUCAUACUUUUAUUACUUUUCCUCUAUUACAUCUACAGUAGUAAAUUAAUAUGUUACUUGUAUGCAGAGCUUUGUUAUUAUUUUUAGUCAUUUCAAACAGGUGCUGAUAAUAGGAACAUUUAAAUCUUUAAUGGAAAAACAGAUAAGAAAUCCAAAGCAAAAUUCGGCAUGCAAUAUCUUUUCAAAUAUUCGACUAAUUGUUUAAGUUACUUCAGGAAUCAUAAACAUUCAUACCAAUAUUCACGUGGUACUAAAAUAAUUUUAACAUACAAACUGAUCAACAAAAGACUGUCAAGGAUUAACUAUCAGGAGAGAAAUUUAACAAAAUAAUUUAUAGUUUUUUUGAAAUAAGACUUUCCGGAUUAUUCCAAUAAUGGGGACACGUCGUAUAAAUUAUUUUCAUACUGAAUUUACUAAUUCAGCCUAGAAAUUAACUUUUUAUAAAAUGGAGGCUACAUGGACGAUUGUUGAAUUUAUUGAAGAAAAUUCAGUGGAAGCUGUACCGACAACAUGGCUACUUGGAAGCCACAAAUGUUACUGGCCUCCAUUUCCCAAAGAAAAAUUGGUCAGUAGCAUAAGAAAAAAUGAAGGACCUAAUACGUGUUGGCCUCUACACGAUAUUGUAAGAUUUGGAGAUGCAACAUAUGAUGAUUACCUUCUCGCAAGAACAAAAACUAAAAAGGCAGAAAUUUAUAGUGAACUUAAUUCAGAUACUGAUGAAGAGACUUACUUCAGUCCAAAGUUGCCUCAGCCACCAAAAAUACAUAAUAAGGAAUUACCUUCAAGUUUAAUACCAGAAGCUAAUACAUCUGCCGCUGCAAAUACCACAGAUGGUAUUAAUUCAUCCUGUUGUUGCUGUGCUGAACAUAAAUUGGGUGACUCCCUGAAACAUUUGCUCAAACAGCAGAUUUUGACGCGGCAUAUAUUAAAUGAGGUUUUAGAGGAAGUAAAACAGCUUAAAUUAGAGUUCAAUGCUAAUAAUCAACGUGAGGCAAGCACUGAUGUUCAGUCUAUUUUCGUGUCAUUUAAACAUUUCCCUAUUGACUCUGAAGACAAACUGAAUCAACUUGAAGAAUAUUUAAAUGAACCGGACGCUUUCAAAGCUGCCGUAACAGAAAUUUCAAAAUUAGGAGGAUGCUCAUUACACGUUAAAUAACGAAACAGAACUUCCAUAUAAAAGAAUUACCAAAAGUAUUACUUUAUGGUGAUGUGUUAGCAUCCACUCUGCUCAAUUUACUCAGAAAAACGAAGAGUGUUUAAAAUAACUAAUCCCUUGUUUAUAUGGCUUUCCUGGCAUUGAAUCAUAGAAGUGGCUCAAUAUGUAAACCAAUGAAGUUGUUUCAGAUAGACUCUUCGUUUUUGUGUAUGAACUGACUGUUUAUGGAUGGUGUACACAUCAUCAAAGGUUUUGUCUAUGUUUUUGGUAAUUCUUCUUUUAUGGAAUCGGUAUUUUUUGUUUUUCCAAACUGUUUGGUGAAGAAAAGGCUGUAAACAAUUAAUCACUGUAACACAUAUUAAUUUUAUUAACUAAUGAAGUUGAGGGAAUGUUUAAUUGAGCAUAUUUGAAUAUGCUGUAUCCUUUUUUUUUUAAUGGGAAAUAUUUUUUUUGUAGAAGCUGCUGACAUUUGUUGCGUAUCAGAAAACAAAAAAUCUACAGAAGAUGCUAUCAAAGCAUGGCUGAGAAGAGCUAAGGAGAGACAUAUUUCAUCACUGAAGAAAAAUGUUAGUGUAGAAGAAACCCAAAACAGUGUUUUAUUCUACCGAUAACAAAAAUAUAAUGAGUUUCUAAAGUUAUUUCAGUGAUACUGUUUACCAAAGUUUUAUUAGUUUUUUAAAUUAUUUUUUGUCAUUUUCUUUUCAAUGUUCUUCAUUAGAUAGGAUAAUUUCUUCAUUUCCAUGCUACUGUUUUCAAAACGAGUUUUUGUUAGUACAUAUAUCAUUUUUCUAAUGGAUUUUGUUUGUGCUGAAUAAUAUGCAGACUAAUAUUAUUUUGUACUGAAGAAUAUAGACUGAUAUUUUUGGA